GGGACGUUACGAUCUGUUAUAAGCUAUUAUAAAGUUAUCAUAAAAUAGUAUUAGUUAUUUUUAGAAACAAAUGUACAUAUGUUUUUCUUUUCUUUGGGGGGUGUGGAAUACACACACACCAUAUUUGAUAUAGUUAAGUACACAGAUUUAUCCUCACGACACAUACGUUAAUAACAACAUAAAAAAUCUAAAUGGCCUUGCAUUUAAAUUGAAUGAAAUUCUUUCUUUGUAUUGUUUUUGUAGAAAAAAUAAAUUCGGUUAUAAAUCUUAGUUUAUAGUUGGUGAUUUUAAGAUGUUUUUCUAAAGUACAAAUUGUUUGCAGUUGCGCGCAUUUAUUUUCUCUUAACGAGGUUGUGGAAUGUACUUUAUGUUAAUAGAGUUGAGUCAGUUGACUAAUCCAAGUCCACUGUGAAAGAGAUUUCGUAAACCAGCUCAUGUCACUAAACAGCAAUUAUUGAGCCAAAGUAAAAUGGGGUGUGAGUGCGACCACGCCAGGUGAGAUUUGCUGUGAGAGGCCCUUCUAUAUUUUUGUUCCUAAUCCUUUUUUUUUAAUCAUGAUAUUCAAUCAUUUUUACGAUCCAUCUAUUACAUGAAUACAUUUAUUUAUUUCUUUAGAUUAAAUUAAAAUGAUGAAAGGUAACGUUUAUACAACCUUCAAGACAUAUCAAUUAUGAACUCUUUCUAAUACUAUUACUUGCUAGUAUAGUGCUUUAUAGUGGCAAAUGUAUAACCAGAACAUUCGGUGACUUUAUAAAGUAGAUCCAACUAGGGAAACUGAUUCAAUUGCAAGUUUUUUGUAUAACUAGUGUCAAUCGUAGACUAACAAUACUUGAGAGUUCUUUCGGCCUCAUAACCCCUAACUCCGUAAGGUCCCACCUGCAUCCAAUCGCUAAACGUCUGUGUUCACGCAUUCAUUGCUUAGGGACACCAUGUCGCUGCCACUUAUUUGAAUCUAUAUCCAUGCAUACAUUUAUAUAAUAUACUAUAUACUUUUUUUUGAAACUUAUAUAAUAUACUAUGGCUUUUAAACGGUGCGGGACAAGCGGUUCAACUGCGGUGCGGUUUUAACAGUUAUAAAAACGUAUAAAUAUAUGGUAUAUGUAGAGAUUUUUGUUACUGUUAACUGAAGUGCGGGACGAGACGGUUAUAAACAUUCGAAGCCUAUAUACCACGCUUGCUUAUAUGCUGCUGUAUGGUGAAGAAUUAUAUUGUUCAUCCAAUUUUAAUCAAAUCUUGAAAGAAAAAAUGGUACAAAAUGAAGAAAAUUUGCAGUAUCUUUUUUUUUUAACGUUAAGUCUCAGCGUUUACUUUUAGGAUCUUGGAUAUGUCAUAUGUGUAUACAUAAUGUGAUAUUUUGUGUGUACCAAAACAUUGUGCAUAGUGCUUUCAUCCUUUGAAUGUGAAGGCGGCUUCAUUGAUAACCAGGACGUCAUCUUCAAAAACAUCAUAAAUGGUGUGGCUCUAUAUCUUUCCAUAUCUUCAGAACAUUAUAGAUAUAUAGUCAAACUCUUAUUCAUUCUUACAUCUUCUCAAAUGUUAUGCCAUUAUUAACUACAUGUUUAUUAACUACAUGUUACAAUAAAUUAUACACCAAUAAUAAAAUUAUAAUGAAAAGUUUUAACUUUUCCAGAAAACCAACAAUAAUAAAAUUUAAUUUUCUUGUUUUUUUCCAAAUAAAGAUUUUAUUUAUUGUACAAAUAGUGUUAAGAAGUUGAAUAGUGGCCAGUUUGCUAGUAAAUAUGUCGGCUCGUUAGCAUUAUUAAAAUAAAUAAAUAUCCCGAAAAUUAAGAGAAAAAAGGCAAAGAAGUAGAAAAAAGCUAGACCUGGUGCUUUUUUGCAGACCUUUUGGGGUAGUAGUUGUCCUGGUCGCUGAUCACCAUCAUCUCUUUCCGACAACAACUCUGAUGUUCUUUCUCUCCCGUGUGAGCUAGCUCUCUGUCCUAAAAAAAAUCUCUCCUGCUCCACUCGAUCUUCUUCCUUCCUUCUGAAAAAAAACGGAAUCUUUCUUUCGUUUUUUUUUUGUCUCGGUCUUGUGACUUUAUUAUUAUUGGUGGCCUCUCCGAAGAUUCCGCUUGUGAAAAAAGAGUCGUGCUUUUGAUCUCUCCCUGAGAUUCCGAUAAACUGGUGGCUGUGUCUGAAGUACAAAGCAGAGAUCUUGGAGUCAACAUUUCAGAUUACUCAUUAAAAGAAACGAUUUUUAUUGUUUCUUUCUGCGCUGACUUGGAUUGUGAAGAGUGGAAGUAGAAACCAGUUGAUUUCGUUUGGCUUGUGGUAUAGAGAAAGUUUAAGGUCAAUGAUGAAGAUGCAGCUUUAAACACAAAGGUCUCAGCUUUGUGUAACCUCAGAUUCAGGUUGUUAUUGGGUUCAGGAGUAAAAGUUUUCAGUAAUCAUGAAAGCUCCUUCAUCAAAUGGAGUUUCUCCAAAUCCCAUGGAAGGAGAAAGGAGAAAUAUAAACUCAGAGUUAUGGCACGCUUGUGCUGGGCCACUGAUAUCGUUGCCUCCAGCGGGAAGUCUUGUUGUUUACUUUCCUCAAGGUCACAGUGAGCAAGUCGCGGCUUCAAUGCAGAAGCAGACUGAUUUCAUACCAAGCUACCCAAAUCUUCCUUCUAAGCUCAUUUGCAUGCUCCAGAAUGUUACAUUGAAUGCUGAUCCUGAGACGGAGGAGGUCUACGCGCAGAUGACUCUUCAGCCAGUAAAUAAAUAUGACAGAGAUGCAUUGCUUGCCUCUGACAUGGGUCUUAAGAUAAACAGACAGCCUAAUGAGUUUUUCUGCAAAACCCUCACGGCGAGUGACACAAGCACUCACGGUGGAUUCUCUGUACCACGCCGAGCAGCUGAGAAAAUCUUCCCUGCUCUGGAUUUUUCGAUGCAACCACCUUGUCAAGAGCUUGUUGCUAAGGACAUUCACGACAACACAUGGACUUUCAGACAUAUUUUUCGAGGUCAACCAAAAAGGCACCUGCUAACCACAGGCUGGAGUGUGUUCGUCAGCACGAAAAGGCUCUUUGCUGGGGACUCUGUUCUUUUUGUAAGAGAUGGAAAGGGGCAACUUCUGUUGGGUAUAAGACGUGCAAAUAGACAACAACCUGCGCUUUCUUCAUCUGUAAUAUCUAGCGAUAGCAUGCACAUUGGAGUUCUUGCUGCUGCAGCUCAUGCUAAUGCUAAUAACAGUCCUUUCACCAUUUUCUACAACCCGAGGGCUGCUCCUGCUGAGUUUGUGGUUCCUUUAGCCAAGUAUACCAAAGCUAUGUACGCUCAGGUUUCACUAGGUAUGCGGUUUAGGAUGAUAUUUGAGACAGAAGAGUGCGGAGUUCGGAGGUAUAUGGGUACAGUUACUGGUAUCAGUGAUCUUGAUCCUGUGAGAUGGAAAAACUCUCAGUGGAGGAAUCUUCAGAUUGGAUGGGAUGAGUCAGCUGCUGGUGAUAGGCCAAGUCGAGUUUCAGUUUGGGACAUUGAACCGGUUUUAACUCCUUUCUACAUAUGUCCUCCUCCAUUUUUCCGACCUCGGUUUGCUGGGCAACCCGGAAUGCCAGAUGAUGGGACUGACAUGGAGUCUGCGUUGAAGAGAGCAAUGCCGUGGCUUGACAAUGGCUUGGAGAUGAAGGACCCUUCCAGUACGAUAUUUCCUGGUCUGAGUUUAGUUCAGUGGAUGAGUAUGCAACAGCAGAACGGCGGCCAGGUACCUUCUUCUGCUGGUUUCUUCCCGUCGAUGGUCUCUCCAACGGCGGCUAUGCACAACAGUCUUGGCGGAGCGGAUGAUCAAUCAAAGUUAGUGAGCUUUCAGACGCCUCCAGGGGGGAUUUCCUCAUCAAACCUUCAGUUUAACAAACCGAAUCUGCAAGGGGCAAUGUCCCAGUUACCUCAGCCGCCAACUACGUUGUCUCAACAACAGCAGCUGCAGCAGUUGUUGCACUCCUCUUUGAACCAUCAGCAAUCACAGCCUCAGCAACAACCACAAUCGCAUCAGCAGCAGCAACAGCAACCACAAUCACUGCAUCAGCAGCAACAACAACAAUCACUGCUGCUGCAGCAGCAGCAACAACAACAACAAUCUCUGCAGCAACACCAUCAACAACAGCUUCAGCAACACCAUCAACAACCGCUACAGCAACAGACUCAGCAGCAGCAGCUACAACAACAGCAGCAGCAGUUAAGAGCGCAGCAACUGCAAUCUCAUACGCACCCACAGCCACAACAAUCUCCUCCGCACCCACAGCCACAGUCACAUCCACAACAGCUACAGCCACAUAAGCUGCAGCAAUUUCAGCUUCCGCAGAAUCAGCUUUAUAAUGGUCAACCAGCAGUGCAGCAACAUCAGUCACAACAAGCAUCUAUGCAUCAUUUGCAAUCCCAAGUAGUUUCGGGAUCAAUAGCAAGCAGUGUCAUCGCGCCUCCGUCUAGCUCCCUUAAUCAAAGCUUUCAACAGCAACAACAACAGUCUACGCAGCUUCAACACACACAUCGCCAUAUAGGUGCUAGCACUAGCCAGAGUAGUGUAAUUGAAACCAGCAAGUCUUCAUCUAAUCUGAUGUCCAUACCACCGCAAGACACACAGUUUUCACGACAAAUGGAACAACAGCAGCCUCCUGGUCCUGUCCAGGGACACAAUCAGCAAACACUCGUGCAGCAGAAAGCUCAACAGUCACAGGUUCAACAAAUAUUCCAGCAGAGUCUCUUGGAACAACCUCAUUUACAGUUUCAGCUGUUGCAGAGGUUACAACAGCAGCAGCAACAGCAGCAGCAAUUUCUUUCUCCAGGAAGCUCGAGUUUACCUUCUCAGUUACUCCACCAACAGCUGCAAAGCCAGCAGUUUCCGCAGCUACCUUCUCCCUCUCAAGUUCAGCAGUUUCCAUCGUCCUGCACCAACACUGGCUUACCCUCGUUGCAACCACCUCAAACGCUGGUGAGCCGGCCUCAGGACAAACAAAACCCACCGGUUGGAGGAGGGGCCAAAGCUUAUUCAGGCAUCACAGAUGGAGGAGAUGCACCUUCCUCUUCAACCUCGCCUUCCACCAACAACUGUCAGAUCUCUUCUUCAACCUUCCUCAACAGAAGCCAAAGCGGGCCAGCGAUCUUGAUACCUGAUCCAGCGGUUGAUGUGUCUGGUAGUCUUGUCCAGGAUCUUUACAGCAAAUCCGACAUGCGGCUGAAACAUGAACUCGUGAGUCAGCAAAAGCCCAAAGCUAGUUUAACAGAUCAUCAACUAGAAGCGUCUGCCUCUGGAACUUCUUACGGUUUAGAUGGCGGGGAAAACAACAGACAACAGAAUUUCUUGUCUCCAAACUUUGGCCUGGACGGUGAUUCCAGAAACAGCUUGUUUGGAGGAGCCGCCAAUGUGGAGAAUGGCUUUGUACCUGACACGUUGCUCUCGAGGGGAUACGACUCCCAGAAAGAUCUCCAGAACAUGCUUUCAAACUAUGGAGGAGUGACCAAUGACAUUGGUACAGAGAUGUCUACUUCAGCUGUGAGAACCCAAUCUUUCGGUAUCCCUAAUGUUCCUGCCAUUUCAAACGAUAUAGCUGUCAACGAUGCUGGUGUUCUUGGUGGCGGACUGUGGCCAACUCAGACUCAACGGAUGCGAACAUACACAAAGGUGCAAAAGCGAGGUUCAGUGGGGAGAUCAAUAGACGUCAACCGCUACAGAGGUUAUGAUGAGCUGAGGCAUGACCUUGCACGGAUGUUUGGGAUCGAAGGACAGCUUGAAGAUCCACUAACAUCAGACUGGAAACUUGUCUAUGUAGAUCAUGAAAACGACAUCCUGCUUGUCGGUGAUGAUCCGUGGGAGGAAUUUGUAAAUUGUGUUCAGAGCAUAAAGAUCCUCUCAUCAGCUGAGGUUCAACAGAUGAGCUUAGACGGGAACUUUGCAGGUUUACCAGCUACUAAUCAAGCUUGUAGUGGCGGUGACAAUGGUAAUGGUUGGAGAGGUCAGUAUGAUGAUAACUCAGCCACCUCGUUUAACCGGUGAAGGCAGAUGAACAUCUCUCACAGACGGAUUCUUUUCUCUUUUGUAAUAUAUUUCUUCCUCUGUUUGAUAACAUGUUUCAAGUUUCCACUGGGCCCUGUAGAGCAUUUACCCUGUACAAUAUAUCUUCUUCAACUAAGUUUACACGAAGAUUUUAUUUUGAUGGGUGCCA